AUGUCAAAAGAAGUAGCAGUAACUUCGACAUUAAAAUAGCGUUUAUCUGCCAUAGAAGAUAAGGAAAUAUACUUUGAAGACAGAGACUCUUUUAGCGAAGAUGGGGUAUUGUUGAAAUCUAUUAUAGAAAUAUGGGGAAUAUGUCCAAAAGUAGAAUCGGGAAAUUUUAAAAAAAGUUCAGGAACUUAUGCAUGAUGGACAGUCUACUGUGAAUUAACAAGAGGAUUAAAGUUUUGCUGUAAUGAAUGAGAAUCAGAAAUAAGAAAUUUUAGAAGACUUGGAAGAAGAAUUUGGGCAAUCAUAUACGGAAACAAAGGUGAAAAUCAAUACUUACAUAAAGCUAAUUCCAAAAAAUGAAUUAUAAUUGGCCUACAUUUACAGUGACAAGUAAUGGAUAUGAUAAUAAUUUAGAUAUCCCCUUUUAGCCAUUCGAAAAUAGAUUUUAAUAUUUACAAAACUGAUCUCAUCGUACGCUUAAAAAAUUACUACGCAUCCUCUUUUUGAAUUGAUGACAUUGCUGAUGAUCAUUUUUAACUCAGCAAUGCUUGCUAUAGAUGAUCCAACCACUAACGUCUAAACAUCUUUCUAAGAUUUAACCGAUAUCAUAUUUUUGGCCUACUACACAGCAGAAGCAGUCUUAAAGAUAGUGGCAUUAGUAAACUGUUUUAAUUAUUCAGGGAUUUAUAUUACCAAAAAAAGCCUAUUUAAAGGACACAUGGAAUAUCCUCGAUUUUUCUGUAAUUGUAACUGCCUACAUUCCUUAUUUUUUGUCAUCCAACUCAGUCAAUUUGAAUGCCUUAAGAUCAUUUAGAGUGCUUAGACCAUUAAGAACAGUGUCUUCAAUAAAAGCACUAAGAACAAUACUGUUGGCAUUAUUUGCAUCAAUAGCCCAAUUGAGAGAUGCCGUUGUGGUUCUAAUAUUCUUUUACUCAAUAUUCGCUAUAGCAGGAGUGUCCUUAUUUUCUGGAUAUUUGAAAAGAAGAUGUAUUGGAGAAAUGAGUGGAAUCACAUGGAUAUCUGAUGAAAUAUUGUUCUGUGCAGACGAUAAUAAUUGCCCAUUUCCAGAGGAUACUAUAUACAAUGAGAAUUUCAUUUGUGGUAAACAAAUAGCAAACCCAUAGAACGAUUUGGUUAAUUUUGAUACAUUCGGUUAUUCAUUCUUAUAGGUUUUCAUUAUUACAACAUUAGAAGGAUGGACAUAGAUUUAAACAGCAGUAAUGCUCACAUUUUCUUAAUAUGUGGUUUUGUAUUUUGUUAUUGUUGUUAUUGUUGGAGCAUUCUUCUUGGUCAAUCUUACACUAGCUAUUAUCAAAUUAAAUUUUAAGCCUGAGAAGAUUCAAGAAGAAUUGGCUUAAAUUAAAGAGGAGAUUGAAGAAUAUGAUUAUAGACAACUCAGACAAUUAAAAUUAUAUGAUCCAUAAAGACCCAAAGUAGAAACUGAUGGUUAUGGUAUUACAUGGGAUAAGAAUCAUGAUUUUGAUUAAAAUGCAAUUAUGAAUAGAAGAAAGAAUUCGAGAAGAGGAGCUUCUUAGUUAAAUAUGAUUAGAUCAUAAAAUAUGAAAAAGUUAAGAGGAAAGAAUAAAGUAAGUUUUCAACCAAUAAAAUCUGCUGUGUAUUACAGCAAUCCAAUUGUAUUGAAGAAUAAACAAUUAAAAAUUGAAGGAAUUUAUGGGAUGGGCAAUUAGAGCAAAUUGAAUUAAUAGACUUUAGGAGUGAGUGGCUAAAACAAUAAUAAUCGAUCAAGUGUUGUAAGAAGAAGCAGUCAGAGUAGUAAUAAUGAUGAAAGAACUUCUUCAAAAAAGGAGGAUAUAAAUUAUAUUAAUGAAAAUGAAAGUCAAAGUUAAAAUAGGCCAACCAAAGUAAUUCCAAGAAAGAGUAUUUAAUUUGGAGAUCAGCAGAUAAGUUCAGAAUUCCUGAAUUCUCCAAUGAUGGAUUUGUAGAGUGAAAACAUUCGACCAUUGAAUGGAGGUACGAUGAUUGUCCAGCAUUAAGGAUCUAUGGAUAGUAGUAAGAGUGGUGGAUCAAAAUAGAAUAAGACUCCAACCAACAAUUAAUUAGAAAUCCCUAAAUUAGGAGAGAGUAUUUAAUUUUAAUAAGCUUUAUAGUUAAACAAUAGUCUUAGAAUGUGAAAUCCAAUCAAAAAUUUAGUUUGGUGGCAGGUAUGAAAUACUAGAAACCUCCAAGGAAUUCACCUAAACCUGAUUCAUAGAAAUCUCUAGAUUAAAAUGAAUUUGAUAGCGUAAAUUUAAGUGAGUUGAAUACAAUAUCAGAUGAUGAUCUUGAUUAAAGAUUAGAGGAAAUGGAUAUUUUUGUUUAGGAUAAGAUUGAUGAUUCUGAGAGUGAAAAGAAGAAGAAAUAAAACUUAAAAGAAUUAAAUAGAUAGAAGAGAAUGGAAAAUAGAAGAUUAAGAGAUUUAAAUAAAAAUGCCUCAUAACAUUUAGAUGAUGCAUCCUUAAAGUUGAAAUCUAAAUUAUUCAAUACAAAGUUCUAUCCAAUUAUUAUAAUUGAUUAAGAAUUUGGAAGUGUAAAUGAUGUUUUGGUUUCUCAGAUGUUAUUGAAAUUGGAGAAAGAGAAAUUAGAAUAAGAAGAGAAAAUUAAAGAAAUGGAUAUUAAAAUUACUUAUUGCUUCAAAAAUUAAAAACAAUCUUUGGAAUUAAAAAAAUCUGGUUCUGGUAAAAGUAAAAGUAUGACUAAAUCUGGGUAUUUGAAAUCUGGAUUGAAAUCUAAGAAAAACAAUUUAAGCUUAAGGAGAGUGUAACCAAUUAUGGAUGAAUUACAUCCAUUUGAAGAUUUACAAUUUCCAACCGACAAGAAUUUAGAAAAUUAAGAGGAUUAAAAUUAAGAAAAUUACAAUGAAAAUUCUGAAUCAGAUGAUGAACCUGAUGAUUAAAAUAAUGAAAAAAAUAAUAAUUUUAAUGGAAGUGCAAGCCAAAAAAUUAAAAUAAAAAAGAAAAAAAAAGACUAAGAAUAAAAUGAUAAACUAGAUUUUUAAUAAAUAGGGGAGAAGUUUUCAGAAAGUUCAGAUUGCAUAGUUGAUCUCAAUAGAAUUCGUUAAGUUGAAAAUGAUAAACAAUUUAAUUAAUAGGAAUUGGCUCUAAUUCCUGCUUCAGAAUUAGAUCAGCAAAAGGGUGUCUUUUAUAAAGAAUUCCAAGAUAUUAAAUAAAGAGAUAUUGAAGAAAGCAAAGGAGCUAUUGUUGCUUAGGCAUCUAUUGAAGAUGUAUUGCUGAUUGCUGAUUAUACUUUUUAUGAUUCAAAAUUUGCAAAGUAAAUGAAUUCAGUAAUGAAAGCCUUGAAUUAUUCCAAAAGAGAAACAUAUAUUUAUUUACAAGGAUUUAUUGGAUUUUUAAAGGUAUGUUAAAAUCAUUUGUUGUAUUUUGUGUAAUCUGGGUAUUUUGAAGCAGCAAUGAAUCUGGCAGUUGCAUUGAACACAGUAAUCUUAGCCUUAGAUGGUUUACUACCUGAUAGCAGUGCAAACACAUUACAAUAGUUUAAUCUAGGAUUUACCAUCUUAUUUACAAUUGAAUUAGGAUUCAAAGUUAUAGGAAUGGGACCAAAAAAUUAUAUUUCUGAUACUAUGAAUAUUUUUGAUGCUGUGAUAGUUGCUUUAAGUUUAGUAGAACUAUUUUUCCUAGGAGGAGGAACAAGUGGGAAAUCUUCAUUAUCAGCCUUUAGAUCUGUAAGAAUAUUCAGAGCAUUUAGAGUGUUGAGAGUCACUAAGUUGAUGAGAAGUUUACAAUUUAUGGGAUUUCUUAUAAAAGUAUUGGGAAAUGCAUUCUAAUCCUUUAUGUAUAUAAUGGUUUUGCUGUUGCUAUUUAUAUUUAUUUUUACAUUACUAGGCAUGGCCUUCUUUGGAGGAUAAUUAUCUAAAACCCCUAGUAGAUAGAGUUAUGAUGAUAUUCAGAGUGCCUUUUUAGUUGUAUUUUAAGUGCUCACAUUGGAGAAUUGGAAUAGCAUUUUAUGGGACUUAUUGAUAUAAGAUGUUUCUGCAUUUAUUACAGUUCCUUAUUUAGUAUUUUGGAUUAUGAUUGGUAAUUACGUCUUUUUGAAUCUGUUUCUGGCUAUUUUACUAGAAAAUUUUGAAGAGGAAUAUAAGAAUGAUAAAGCAGGUCUAGACACUAAUAUUGAGAUUGGACAGGAUUCUAUCAUGGACAAUACAACCUAAGCAGUGAAUUCGACUAGCACUUUUAAAUCUACAAUGAAAACAAAAAAACAUACUGUUGCUUAGUAAUUAGAAAACAAUGGGGAUCCUGAGUCUAAGAAACAUAAAUAAUUGUAAUAAAUAUUCUAAUAUUUUGUUGAACCAGGACUUUGUUAAUUCUCAUUAUAUAUGUUCUCCCAAGAAAACAUAAUUCGAAGAAUAUGUUAUAGAAUAGUUAAGGAUGAUAAAUUCGAAACUCUUAUUUUCUUUAUGAUAUUUCUCACAUCAGCCAAAUUGGUGUUUGAUACAUACAUUCCUGAUACUGGACAAUUAAAGCAAACAUCAUUGUAGAUCGAUAUCUUUUUUGCUGUAUUUUUUGGAGUUGAAAUGAUUAUGAAAAUAAUUGCUUUUGGAUUCGUCUAAUAAGAAAGUUCAUAUUUGAGAGAAUCAUGGAAUAUACUAGAUUUCUUCAUUGUUAUAGCAUCAUUUAUUGAUGUAAGUGUUUCAACUAUCAAUCUGAGUUUUGUGAAGAUCUUGAGAUUGCUUAGAACAUUAAGACCAUUAAGGUUCAUCACCCAUAACAGAUCAAUGAAAAUUUUGGUAUCAGCAUUAUUAUAAUCAAUUAAUGGUAUCUUCAAUGUGGCAAUAGUUGUGGUAUUGGUUUGGAUGAUGUUUGCCAUUCUUGGUAUAAAUUUACAGAAAAACAAAAUGCAUUAUUGUGAUAUGGGAGAUGAUGAAAUAUAUUAUCAUUAUGGACCUGUGGAGUGUGCAGACAAUGGUGGUAUUUGGGCAAAUCGAAAAGUUAACUUUGAUAAUAUUUUGAAUGGAAUGUUGUCUUUAUUCAUAUUAUCAACAUUGGAAGGAUGGCCAGAUUAAAUGUAUUGGUUUGUUGAUGCAGAUGAAUCAGGACCAAUUAAGGGAGCUUAAUUAUAAUUUUCUUGGUAUUUCAUCGUAUUCAUAUUGAUUGGUUCCAUAUUGCUGAUGAAUCUAUUUAUUGGUGUUAUAUUGGUCAAUUACCAUUUAGCAGAAGAAGCUUCAAGAGAUAAGAUAUUAACACCACCACAAGUUGAUUGGAUUGAACUAUAAAAACUGAUUGUUCAUGCUAAUCCAAACUUGGCUAUGUUUUUUAGUCCUGAAAAUCCUUUUAGAGCUAAAGUAUUCAUUAUUAUUAAGCAUCGUUACUUUGAUCCAACAAUUUUAAUGAUUAUUGUAUGCAAUAUAGUAACUAUGGGAUUAUCUCAGGAUGAUUCUCCAAUUGCUUAUGAUAAUGCUUUGCAAUCUCUUAAUACUGCAUUCACUUUUGUAUUUAUCACUGAAGCAAUUCUCAAGAUCAUAGCAUUGGGUCCAGUCGGAUACAUGAGAAAUUCAUGGAAUCAAUUUGACUUUUUUGUUGUUUGUGCUUCUAUUUUGGAUUUGAUAUUGUAGUUCACUGGAAAUUCAUUUAUCUCAUUUUUGAGUGCUGGACCACAGUUGGCAAGAGUCUUUAGAGUACUUAGAGUAACUAGAUUAUUUAGAUUGAUCAAAUCAUUUGAAGGAUUGUAGAAACUUAUAGAAACAGCAAUUUACUCCUUACCUGCUAUGUUGAAUGUGACAGCUCUAUUAUUUCUCGUUUUCUUCAUCUUUUCUAUUCUUGGUGUGUUUCUCUUUGGAUCUAUCAAGAGUGGAUGGGUAAUAGAUGAUGUGAACAAUUUUUCAGACUUCCACCAUUCCUUUGAACUACUAUUCAGAUGUUCAACAGGAGAAGAUUGGUACAAAGUCAUGUUUGAUACUAUGUAAGAUGGCUAAGGUUAUUAUUGUAUAUUCUUCAUUAUUUUUAUUGUGAUCCAGUAAUACAUUAUGUUGAAUUUGUUUAUUUUGAUUAUUUUAGAUCAAUACGAAAUCAACUAUUUCAACAGCGAUAAUCCCCUUAACAAAUUUUAGGAGUAUGAAAAUAUGUUUAUUGAAUCAUGGUCCAAAUUUGCCAAGGAAGACAAAGGAAUGAAGAUGAGUCAACAAUUAUUAGUACCAUUAUUGCUCGAUAUGGAAAAACCUAUUGGUUAUGAUUUGAAAUAGAAAUUAAAUGAUGAGAUUAGUGAAUGGAGAAGAAUCAAUCCUCAAUUAGACACAAAGGAGAAUGUCCUAAAGCAAACUCUGAUUCUCAAAGCUUAGGCAAAAAGAGCUGUUUCUACUUAAAUUAUGAAAAUGAAUAUCUAUGCUGAUAAUGCAGGAUAGGUCAAAUAUCAUCAGAUAUUGUUUUCUGUUAUGAAAUCCUACAUGUGGAAAAAGGUGUAGGUGAAUUUAAGUCCAGAAGGAGCUGAAAAGAUUCUAUAAAAGGAAGAUGAAACAUAAAAAAGAUUGAAAAAGAAACAGGUUGGUGUUCAAUCUAAGGAGGUGAAUUUAGUUAACCCUAUUGUGCACUUCUUAUUUGUUCAUAUGGCUUUUAAAACAUUAAGAAGAUAUGGAGAAAAGAAGAAGUAACAAAAAGAGUUACAAGCUCAAUUAUUACUCGAAUAGGAGUAGGAACAUUAUAGUGAUGGUUUUAGUUCUGAUUCAUCUUUUGAUAAUAAAAUCGAAAUACUCUCAAGAAUAUCAAAAGACACAGAACAUCCAAAGAGACCAGAUUAUGGUAGAACCAAGUAUCUUACUCUACCUAAUACAGAGAUCUAUAAAGAAGAAAUAUAUAUAAAUUAAGAAACACCAGUGGUAAAUGAUUCAGAUAGAAGUUCUAAGGAAGAGGAGGAGGAACCAGACGAGGAUGGUAUUUAUUUUUAUCACUCUAUUAGUUAUGUAAUAAUAUACUAAGGACUUCAAAAAACAUCUCAUUAAUCCAAAUGGAUCAAGUGGAAACAUUUAGGAUGAUAAAAGUGCAAGCAAUUUAAAUCAGGGUGGUGGAGCCACGAGAAGUAGUCAUUCUCGAACUAGUCAAAUAAACAAGUAACCAAAGAGGCUGACUCUGAAGCCAAAUGAUAUGGUUUCAGGAUUGGGAUUGAGUAAGAAAUCUAUUUAAACCAAUCAAUCACCUGCUAAUUAAAACCCUAAUGUUUCUUAAGAUAACCCUUCAAUAAUGAAUCAAAGCAAUGGAAACAGUUCUAGUAAUAAAUGA